AUGCAGGAGAAGGAGAUAGCCACAGCAAAAGCACAAGACUUUGUUUUGCAAAAAAAAUUCUCACUGCUCACAGACAUUAAACAGGAACGAAAGGAAAAUAAAGAACAGCUGCAAGAGAUCAACAGUUUAUGGAGAGACAGACUCAUUACAGAAAAGGGAAAUGAGAAAGGAUUGAAUUUGGAAAACAAGGAAGAAGUGCAAGACGAAGCAAUACAAAUUUUGGAAGAAGAGGAGGACGAAGAGCAUAAUGCCCCACAACCAGUGAGAGGGGGGGUCCAGGGGGAACACUGGGAAAUGGAAAAAGAGAAAUGCUUUCAUGAUGUAGUGCAAAAAGAGAUUGCAAAGGAAGAGGAGAGGGAUGGGGUUACAGAUGUGGUGAACAUGAAGGAAGAUAGUGAAAUGGAUUUUGGCAAACACUCUGCUAUUAAACUGAAAGUCAAGGCUAAAAGCAGAGUAAAAGCUUAUUUAGCUGCAGGAUGUUCCUUUGUCGUCAGGAGUCCUGAUUCAACUAUCUCUUACUUAAAUGAUGCAUGCGGUAUAUUGUCUCCCUGCUUAUUUAACUUAUAUGCAGAGUUCAUCAUGCGAAAGGCUGGACUAGAUGAAUCCCAAGCCGGAAUUAAGAUUGCUGGAAGAAAUAUCAACAACCUCAGAUAUGCAGAUGACACAACCUUGAUGGCAGAAAGCGAGGAGGAAUUAAAGAACCUUUUAAUGAGGGUGAAAGAGGAGAGCGCAAAAUAUGGUCUGAAGCUCAACAUCAAAAAAACCAAGAUCAUGGCCACUGGUCCCAUCACCUCCUGGCAAAUAGAAGGGGAAGAAAUGGAGGCAGUGAGAGAUUUCACCUUCUUGGGCUCCUUGAUCACUGCAGAUGGUGACAGCAGUCACGAAAUUAAAAGACGCCUGCUUCUUGGGAGAAAAGCAAUGACAAACCUAGACAGCAUCUUAAAAAGCAGAGACAUCACCUUGCCGACAAAGGUCCGUAUAGUUAAAGCUAUGGUUUUCCCAGUAGUGAUGUAUGGAAGUGAGAGCUGGACCAUAAAGAAGGCUGAUCGCCGAAGAAUUGAUGCUUUUGAAUUAUGGUGCUGGAGGAGACUCUUGAGAGUCCCAUGGACUGCAAGAAGAUCAAACCUAUCCAUUCUUCAGGAAAUCAGCCCUGAGUGCUCCCUGGAAGGACAGAUCAUGAAGCUGAGGCUCCAAUACUUUGGCCACCUCAUGAGAAGAGAAGAAUCCUUGGAAAAGACCCUGAUGUUGGGAAAGAUUGAGGGCACUAGGAGAAGGGGACGAUGUGCAACAGGCAAAGUUAAUAGGGAAUAUGGCAUAGAGAGCAAACCUUUGCGAUUUCUGUCUGCCAUGCUCCUGCUAAAGGCUCAGGAAUCCUCUGGGGGGCAGGGAGAGAAUGUUUAUACCCUGUAG